GGACGGACAGUUGAUGCUCGCGCGCCGAGAGGACGACACAUCCGCCACACGCCAUUCGCUACUCGCCUCUUUAUACAACUAGUGAUUAAUAUAUUUGUGUUACGUUAACCAACUACGUGAUACCAGUACGUGGAUUAUUUAAGGAACCAUUUUACAGCAAGUCUAAACAAAAGGCAACAACAGCCAUGAAAUAUUCCAUACGGUUGCAGUUGCUGACAUGCUUAGUGUACGCUAGCUGUGUGCACGGAAUCAUGGUCAAGUACGGCACGAAGGGUGGUCCGAUAGAGCCUCCUACACCAGAGCCGACGCCCGCCCCUCAACCCUACAGAAUACCCGCGCCGGUCUGGGAGGAACGCAGUGACGACUCUCCUGAUCCCAAUGCUACUUGGCGACCUCCAUUCUUCAGGCCGCAGCCGAGAUACACUGAAAUUAUCUACAAGGUUCCACCGCAGACUAUUAACAGUGCUCAAAGCUUUGUCAAUUCCUAUCUACCAAAUCAACCUCUUAAAGCUCAAACUGUUACGAAUUACUUCACACCGGCACAAAUACUUACGUCACAAAACUUACCCGGAGUUGGUAUUAGAUAUUUCAUACCCGCGUAUCAACUUAACCCACAUGUUAAGACACAUAAGAAACAAGAAGAUGCGAAACAUAAUGAUAUUGAGACAAAUGAAAUCGAUGAUUCCUACGACGAGGACGCUCCUAGUGAUGUUCAAUGGAAGUUUGAAAAGGAUGCAGCGAAAAGUAGUCAACAAAUUAGUUCAGAAGGCACAGCACGACCCGUUUAUCGUUGGCCGGUAUACGUACAACCAAGACAUUAACGACCUUUAUAAAGUUAUUUAAUUAUUAUAAUUGUCAGUGGUCAAGUUACUAUGAAAUAUAAGGCCCGUUAUAAACAAGGAAACGAAAAUCUCCGAAAUCCGGCCAUUUAGUUCUUUCGUCGUCAAAAUCAGUCGCUCACAACCCAUUUGUUAAGAUUUUCAAGAUGGCGGAGCAAAUCAAUACAUUGAUAUUUUAUGAAUUCGUACUAUCUGUGAAGUCGCUAUUCCUAUAACUGACGACUCGCGUCUACGAUUCAUUGUUGUGCGUAUGAAGCGCUGCGUUAUACUCGCGACGCAACUCAAUAAUAGCUUCGAAGAUUUACAUUUUCUUGUGUACAAAGGGCCUAAGGCCAUUUAACAAAAAUCUUCAAAUUGAAGACAGUAACAAAAUCUGCUAAGAUUAGGCAAAGUGUACGGUACAGAAUUAAUAAUGUGAUUUUAAUAUAGACGCGUAGAAUAAGUAAAAAGUGCCAGAAUUUUAAAAUACAUUCGAUAUUGUUUUUAAAGCACUUUGAAGUUAGUUAUUUCAAUGAAUGAUUUUGUGUUAUUCAAUGUUAGUUUAGGACUAAAAUAGAUUGUUACGAUAUGAAUUGUGACAUUAUUGAUAUACAUACAAGCAAAAUAACGUUUCGCGUGAUUGAGUUUAAGUGAUUGGAGGGCUACGGCGUGGAUAUUAAUUACAUACCCAGGCAAUCGCUGACUGACACAAGAUGACAUCUCGAGCAUAUCGGACACCUGCGAGCGAUAGGUCUCAGUACUUAACAUCCAGUCACCUUGAUACAGACACGACCUGUUGCCCAAUUAAGCAAUUUAUCAGCCUAUAAAUAAAUUCAAAGUUUUUAAAUACCACUGUUAAUUUUGUCACACGAAAGUUAAUUUCGUAUUAAAUUCUAUAAGCUUAGUUAAAAUGUAAGUUGGCUUUUCCCGCAAAUAUUAACUUAAUAUUAAAAUUUUGAUCCCAUCUCGAAGCAAA